CGCGCGCGGCAUUUUCUCUUGAGGCAACUGGAGGCGUUUCUCUGAGGAGGUUGUUCGCUGAGGAAGUUAGUCGCCCUGCCUUGGAAAAGACGCUCCUGAAUCUGUAAGAGAUGCCACGGCCACCACAACAGUUCAAGCCUGAAACUAAGAAAUUUCAGUCCACAGAAAUUGUGCGCAGUGAUCAUGGCCAAUCCAAGAAGAUGAGAGAGAAUUACCAUGUAAAAAUAUCUCCAUCCUCACCUCAGGGGACAUUAAAAAAGAGAUCAGCUUUUGAAGAUCUCACAAAUGCUUUUCAAAGUGAACCUGUCCAGUCUAAGAAGGAAGCCAAUAAAGAGAUUGUAAAAGAUGUUCCCAAGACGAUUAAAAGAAGGAAACGUGGCCUUGAGUUGGCUAAAUAUGCUGAAAGAAGAAUAAAAAAAUAUAAGGUGGAACUCUUACCAGUAGUAAGCUCUACUCCCUCAGCACCAAACGUUUUGGAGAAAACAUACCUUCUGGAUAUAUCCACCAACUCUGAAACAUCCACUGAUGACGAGUUACUUUUUGUCAAAAGGCCAUUACUUUUAAAAGAGGAAUCUAGUACGGAAGAGACAACCUUCAUAAAGAAGUCAUUAAAGAAGUGCAGAAAUCCUCGGGAAUCAUCCCUAUUGGAAAAGUCACUAUCCUUACAGGAGGAGAGUGAUGAUGAGGACUUUGUUAUAGAGCCAGUUACUUUUGGGAAGAAGCAUAAACCCAAGGAGGCAGUCAUCCCCAAGAAGACACCAUCCUUUAAGAAGAUGGGUACAUAUCAGGGGAAGCAGUCUUGCUUGGAAGAAUUGACGAUAGUGGAGGAAAGUGAUGUUGAAGAGGAUUCCUUGUCUAUGGAGCUGAUGAAUUUAACGAAGAAGCCUAAAACUGAGGAGUCAUCCUCCACUAAGAAGCCAUUACCCUUAAGUAAUAAGCAUACCACUAUAGAGAAGACCUCUAACAUGAUAAAGCCAGUACUAUUGCGGAAGAUCACCUCUGAAGAGGAGUUAAUCACUAAGGAGCCAUCAGCCUUACUGAGAGAGUCUACUGCUAGCAAGGAGUCCCUUUCCUGGAAGCCAUCUGCAUUGAGAGAGAAACACACUACUGAGCAAGAGAACCACAUCUUGAAGAAAUCAUUGACCUUGCAGGAGAAGACUGACUUUAAAGAAAAUUCCCUUUCUAAGGACAUACGGACUUUUAAGCAGAAGCUUAUCACUAAGGAGGCAACCCGCCCCAAAAGCCCAGUUUUUGGAAAGGAGGAAAGCACAAUUCAACGGAAGAUACACACUAUUCAGGGGAAGAAGAGCAUUACUUAUGGUAUGCCAUCCCACUUCAAAACGUCUUUAGAAGUGCAGGAGGUUAUCUCUGGGGAGAAGUCACUCAGUGCAAAGCCAUUGUCCUUUAAAAGAAAUCCAAUCACUGAAUUCUGCCAAGAGCCAUCUACAUUACAAGAGAAACAUGCUACUCAAGCAGAGGUAGACCUCUUGCAGAAACCUUGGACAUUGCAGAAGAAUAUCAACCGUGAGAAAUGUCAUAUGACCACGAAGGCAAGCUACAGGAGGAAGUCAUUACCUUUAAAAAAGAAGCAGAAAGUUCAGAAGAAGCUGUCCCGCUACAAGCCACUAUUACUUGAAAGAGUCACCUAUGGAGAGGAUUCACUCACUCAGGAACCAUUGUCCUUUGAGACAUAUACUAUUGAGGAUUCCCUUUCCCCGGAGACAUAUUUAUUGCAAGUGGAUGAUAGUACACCUGAGGAAGUGUCCACUUUGAAGAAGCCUGUAGCCCUGCAAAAAUCUCCCACUGAGAAGGAGUUUUGUUUUCAGGAGUCUUUGGCUUUUCAAAAGCAGUAUAACGUUGAGAAGGUAACCCCCAGCAAGAAACAUUUACCUUUAAAGAAGAAACAGCACACUACUCCAGAGAGAUUAUCUCGCUUGAAAAAGCCAGUAGUAUUGCAGACAGUCACCUCUGAAGAGAAGUCACCUGUUAAGGAGCCACCGUCCUUUAAAGAGGAAAAUACAACUUUAAAGGAGAAACAGCUCCUCUGGAUAGAUCUUUCAGACUGGGAGGAUAUAAUUGCUAGAGAUAAGAAUUCCAUCUCUGUGAAGCCAGUAUCAUCGACAAAAAAGUAUACAACUAAGAAGGCAGUCCCCACCAAGAUGCCACCAUCUUUGAAGAAGAAGCAAACAACACAGGGGAAGACUACUUUUGCAGAGGAGUCACUCUGUAAGAAGGUACUGCCUUCAGAAAAGAAGCCUACAACUAAAGAGGAGCCAUCUGCACUGAAAGAGAAGCACACUGCUUUUCAGGAGGUGUCACUUUCAAGAAAGCCAAUAGCCUUGCAUGAGAAGAGCACCACUAAAGAAGAAUCUUGUAGUGAGGAACCAGUGACUUUGAAGGAGAAGCCUAUCACUGAGGAGGAGUUCCUCUUUCAGGAGCUGUUUUCUUCACCUGUUAAGCCUACUAACAAAGAGGAGACUGAUAUGGAAAAGGAUUCUUUAGAGAAGCCAUUGGAUUUGCGUGAGAAGAGCACCAUGGCAGAAGAAUCUUGCAGCAAGGAACCAGUGACUUUGAAGAAGCCUAUCACCGAGGAGGAGUUCUUCUCUCAGGAGCUGUUUUCUUCACCUUUUAAGCCUACUUAUGUAGAGGAGACUGAUACCAAAGCAAAGGAUUCUUUAGAGAAGCCAUUGGAUUUACAUGAGAAGAGCACCGUGGCAGAAAAAUCUUGUAGCGAGGAACCAGUGACUUUGAAGAAGCCUAUCGCUGAGGAGGAGUUCUCUCAGGAGCUAUUUUCUUCUCCUUUUAAGUCUACUAAUGAAGAGGAGACUGAUGUGGUAAAGGAUUCUUUAGAGAAGCCAUUGGAUUUGCAUGAGAAGAGCACCAUGGCAGAAGAAUCUUGUAGUGAGGAACCAGUGACUUUGAAGAAGCCUAUCACUGAGGAGGAGUUCUUCUCUCCGGAGCUGUUUUCGCCUUUUAAGCCUACUAAUGAAGAGGAGACUGAUACCGAAGAAAAGGAUUCUUUAGAGAAGCCAUUGGAUUUGCAUGAGAAUAGCACCAUGGCAGAAGAGUCCCAUUUCAAUAAACUCUCAGUUUUGAAGAAAGAGCCCUCUGCUAAGGAAGCAACGAUCACAGAAAAGCAAUUACCUAUAAAGAACAAGCCCACUGCUCAGGAGCAGGCAUUUCUCUCAAAGGAGCAAUUCAUCUUGCAGGAGGAGCCCAGCCCUGAGAUAGAGGCUGUUAUAAAGGCGCUUUUGGCCUUGCGGAAGAGGCCCAACCCUGAAAAGGAGGCUGUCCUCAAAGAGCCAUUAGUCUUCCAGGAGAACAUCACCAACAAUGAAGGGUUCCUUAUUAAAGAGCCAUUGGCUUUGCAGGAGCAUGUGGCUAAUAAGAAGCCCCUCUUCAAGCCAGCCUUGACCAUGCAGGAGAAGCCCAGCACUCAGAAGGCGGCUGUUCUUAAGGAGCAUACCACUGACACAGAGGCUCACUUCCAGGAACUUUUGGCCAUGAGAGAAAAGCCCAACAUUGAGAAAGAGCCUGUCUUCCAGGAACCCUUGAACUUGCAGGAGCAGCCUACAGUUGAAGGGGGAGCCAUCUUCACAGAGCCUUUGGCCUUACAGGAGAAAGCUGGCCUUGAGUCAGAGGCUAUGCUGAAAGAGCCAUUGGCCUUGCAGGAGCAGCCCAGCCUUGAGACCGAGGCUAUUGUAAAUGAGCUUUUGCCCUUGCAGGAGAAGCCCAACCCUGAGAAGGAGGCUGUCCUCAAAGAGCCGUUAGUCUUCCAGGAGAACAUCACCAACAAUGAAGGGUUCCUUAUUAAAGAGCCAUUGGCUUUGCAGGAGAAUGUGGCUAAUAAGAAAUUCCUCUUCAAGCAAGCCUUGAGCAUGCAGAAGAAGCCCAGCCCUGCGCUAGAGGCUAUUCUAAUGGAGCUUUUGGACUUGAAGGAGAAUCCCAACACUGAGAAGGAGGCUGUCCUCAAAGAGCCAUUAGUCUUUCGGAAGAAGUCUAGCACUGAGGAUGAAGUCCUCUCCAAGAAGCCAUUAGCCUUGCAGGAAAAAUCUACCAUAAAUACAGCAUUCCUUUGCAAGGAGGUGUUAGCCUUGAAUGAGAAAUCCACCACUGGGAAUGAAUUGUCAUUUCAAGAGCCAUUAAUUUUAAAAGAGAAUCCUACCAACAAGGAAGAUACUUUCCCAAAAACGUCCUUGAUCCUUGAGAACAUCCUGCAUGUGUCUAGCAAUGCUGUUGAGUCCAGAACAGGGAAGUUCAGUGCUGCCAAUAUGUCCAGUGUGGGAGAGUCCCAUGCAAGUGAACCUGCUUCCAAAAUACCUUUCUCAUCUCAAAGCAGAACACAGAUGGAGCAGAUGACCAAACAGGAGGAUACUGACAAGAAGUACCGUGAUCCAUCUUUCAGCUCAGUAUAUGCCAAGGACGUCUUCUGUUACCUAAAAGACAGAGAGGAAAAGUUCAUACUUAAAAAAUACAUGACAAAGCAGACUGAGAUCACCAGUGACAUGAGGGCCAUUCUUGUGGACUGGUUGGUGGAAGUACAGAUGAGCUUUGACCUGUGUCAUGAGACGCUGUACCUGGCAGUGAAAUUGGUGGAUCACUACCUAAUGAAGGCACUGUGCAAGAAGAGCAAGCUACAACUCCUUGGUUCUACUGCCUUUCUGAUUGCAGCAAAAUUUGAAGAGCCCAUUCCACCUUCUGUGGAUGACUUCCUGUAUGUCUGUGAGGAUAUGUAUCAACGACAGGAGAUGCUUGCCAUGGAAAUGAAGAUCCUGCGGACUCUCCAGUUUGACAUCAGCAUUCCAGUUGCCUAUCAUUUUCUGCGCAGAUAUGCUAUGUGUCUCGAAGUCAGCAUGACGACACUGACCUUGUCUCGGUUCAUCUGUGAGAUGACCCUGCAGAAAUAUGACUACGUCCAUAUUAGGGCUUCCAAGCUAGCUGCUGCCUCCUUCCUCUUGGCCCUCCACAUGAAGAAGCUCAAAAAUUAUGCUCCUCUCUUGGAGUUUUACAGUGGCUACACCACCUUUGAGCUUUACCCUCUGGUUAGACGGCUGAACAUCUUGCUGACUUUGCAUUAUUGUGAUACGCUCAAGACUGUGUAUACCAAGUAUUCUCAGAAGACAUACUUUGAGGUCACCAAAAUUCCCCCCUUGGACAUGAGAAUACUGGAUGAGAUUUUGACCUGGUAAUUGUGAGGCUGAAGAUCUGGCAUUUUGGCAGCAGGUGUCAGGGCCAGCCAGGCAUACCAAUAGGUUAUAUUUAUUCUGAAGUGGUAUUUUAAUUACUUUUCUUCAUUUUUCUGAAGUUGUCUUUUAGUUACUUUUCUUCAU